AUGCCUUCAACUGAAGAAAAUUUAAAAUCCCGUUUCCCUGAUCUAAAGUUCGUCAAACUUCCCCCAGCUGAAGAACCCUUCUUCAACUACCCAGGCUUCGCUCCUGGCACAAGUACCAUUCUCCCCGAAGGCCACGUCAAGUCGCCAGGUCGGAGACCUUUCCCCAAAGACGUCAUCUUCGAGCGAGACCAAGCCAUUCUCUUGCGCGAUGGAGUCACAAUUUACACGGAUAUUUUCCGACCAAUAAGCUCAGACACGGUCAAAGUACCUGCGUUGAUCCCCUGGAGUCCCUAUGGGAAGAGUGGCAGUGGACCUCUACAGUAUAAAGACGCAGGUCCAUACAAUUGCGGCAUAAAUCUAGACCACACGUCAGGGUACGAAAAGUUCGAAGCACCUGAUCCGGCCGAAUGGUGUGGAGACCGCGGCUAUGCCAUCGUCAGCGUAGAUAUUCGAGGCACCGCCAAGUCAGAAGGUAACAUUCACUGGUGGGGAACCCAGGAGGCAGAGGAUAUUUACGACGCUAUCUCGUGGGUGGUUGCACAGCCGUGGAGCUCGGGAGCCGUCUCCAUGAUAGGUAACUCGUGGCUCGCGGUUAGUCAGAUCAAUUUUGCUUCUAAGCUACGGCAUCCUGCGUUGAAAGCGCUGGCACCUAUGGAGGCCCAAAACGAUCCUUAUCGCCACUUGAUCGCCCGUGGCGGCCAUCCCAGUCAUAAAAGCUUCAUGAAGGUCAUCUUAGACUCGUUCGCUGGACCAGGCUCGGUGGAGGACUUAGCUGGGAUGGUCAAAGAUCACCCGCUAUUCGAUGAUUACUGGGAAAGUAAGUAUAUCCAGGUCGAGAACAUUGAUAUUCCGUUGUACCUAGUCGGAUCUUAUUCCUCCCUCUUCCACGGCCAGGGAUCUUUCCACACUUUCCGGGCUGCAAGGACGGAGCAUAAGUGGCUGCGCGUGCACCCUUAUCAGGAGUGGUACGAUCUAUAUCGUCCUGAAAUCAGCAACGACUUGCAACGCUUCUUCGACCACUUUCUUAAGAAUAUCCAGAACGGCUGGGUACGGGAUACUCCACCUGUGCGAUUGUCACUUCUCGGUUUUGAUGGUAGUCCUGCCAAGACCGUUAUAGAAAGAGCUGAAUACGAAUAUCCUUUGGCAAGGCAGCGGUUAGUGAAAUAUUACCUCGACGCAUCCAACAACCAGCUAGUCAACGAGAAACCGUCCUUGGAGGCUCAGGCGUCUCACGAGGGACACAGUCUAACUGCACACAGCGCUUUCGCCCUACGAUUCGACAGCCAUGUCGAGAUAGCGGGCUAUUCCAAAGUCAUCUUGUGGAUGUCGUGUAACCAAAAAGACGAUCUCGACGUGGCUGUACAAAUCCGCAAAUUGGAUAUCUCUGGGCAACUUCUAGAGCAUCUCAACUACCCAUGUCCGGUCCCCAGCGCGGAAGUUCCCAAUACGAAUGUCGUGAAGACUCUAGGCCCCGAAGGUUUCCUACGUGCAUCACACGCCAUUUCUCGUGAUGAGGAGCGUUGCCAGAAUAGCGGCCAAGAGGUAUUUUACGCCCACGACCGCCGCGAACCCAUCGAACCUGGUGCAAUAGUUCCUCUUGAGAUCACCUUGUGGCCGAUGGGGAUGGUAUUUGAAAAAGGAGAAGGCUUAAUGUUGAAGAUCUCUGGCCAUGGAAGUUCAUACCCAGAGUUCGAGGCUAUUACGCCGAACGAGCCCGAUGAUGAGAAUGAGGGCAUUCAUAUAAUAUAUACAGGCGGAGCUCACCAUUCGUGUUUAAUCUUACCCUUUAUAUAA